ACGCUCUGCAAUGGCAGGAAAAAAAGAACUAGGCGUGUCCAGUGAACCGUGACGCGUGCACACAUGGUCAAAAGUGUAUGCAUGUGUGUGUGUAUACCCGGCAGGGUUAAAGGACUGAGCACAUUUGUAUUUUGGCCAACUCGUCGUCCCGGCAACCGUUCGAGGCCCGUGGCACAAGUGCAGCAUUUGUCACCCCAAUGAAAAUGGGCAGCCUCAGUUCUCGGCCGACUCGCGCACUAUGCGCUUUCAUAGGGAUACAUUUUUUACUUACUAGAAAUAAAAAAAUGUGAUUUAGUAUAGAUGUAAAUCGCUAAAAAGUGCCGCGUUUCUCUGUUUUGCUACCUUUAGAAAUUUCUCGAUGAAGUCCUCGAAGGGCAUCAGCAAGAAGAGCAAAUCGAUGGAUUAUACAAACUAUGCGUAUAACGAGGCGGUGGGCCGCCUGAAGGUAAUGCUGGCCGAUAGCUCCUAUGCGGCCACGCCCAAAAUGGUCGGCAGUGCGGCGGCCUAUUUGCGCAACUUCAAUGAGGACUCAGGCGAUAAUUUCUCGGACAAUUUGUCGGUCAUUGAACGACCCGUUUUCUCGGACAUUUCCAAGUAUUUGUCGCCCAGCCAGAAGACGCGCAUCAGUGCCUAUCGUCCCAAGAAGAGCUAUGGCGCUGUCUAUCUCUCCGCUUCCAAGGAGAAUCUAGCCACGACACCAGUUCUGUAUCCAAGCAAUGUGCCACCGCCUACUCUGCCCACGGACAGCGUUCAAGCGCCAGUCGAGAUCUUCAAUUUUAUUGAGAAGCAGGAGGAUUACAUUGAGCAGCUGGAGAAGGAGUCCAAGUACUGUCGCAACGAGCUGACAAAUUUGCUGGGUAAGGUGAAGGAUGUGAUCAACGAGAAUGAGCAUCUGACGGAGAAUGCGCGCAGCGAGCUGGCGGCACUGGGCAGUGGCACUUCCAAGCUCCCACAGGUCACCACUACAAGCACCCCCUCCUCGGAUAGCGAUGAGCACCUGCUUUUUGCCGCCGGCCGCAAGACGCCAGGCACGCCACGCAAGAGCAAUCCGAAGGUGCAAUCUCCGCGCUACGCCAGUGCGCCCAACAUUGUUUACGAGGCACGCAUCAGCGAGCUGGAGGCGGAGCUGAUGCAGGCCAACAUCGAUCUGAAACGCGUCCGGACCGAGAACGAGGAGCUGAAGCGCAAGCUGGCCCACACGGAUCCCCUCAGUGCUGUGGCCACCUUGGGCAGCGGCAACUGUGAGACGCACCGCAAGCAGCUGGAGCUGCUGCAGCAGGAUAAAACCACCCUGGAGGAAUCUGUGCGCCAGUUACAGCGCCUGCUGGAUGAGGCCAAGUCACAGCAACACAACAGCGCCAGCUCCAAGCGAUAUAUAACUGACCUGGUGCAAAUGGAGCGCUCUCAGGCUGAGCUGGAGGUACGCCACCUUCGGGAUGAGCUUGACAGGCAGCACGAGCGCGUGCGGGAACUGCAACAUGAGAUGGCGCGACGCUUGGCCGAUGAGCGAGCGAGUGCGGAGCGCCGCUACAACAGCCAAGUGGAUCAGCUGGGCGGUGAUCUGAGCAGCCAGUGGGAGCAGGUGGCUAAACUGCAGCUGGAGCUGGAGCGUCAAAAGCGCUACGAAACGGAUCUCAAACGCGAUAUGGCCAAUCGAAACUCACAAAUAGACGAGCUGAAGAUGGAAUUGCGCGCCAAUCGUACUACUUUCCUGGCAGACAUGGCACAGGCCAAUGCGGAGAAGCAAUCGCUAGAACAGGAGAUUACCGCGCUGCGCCUGCAGCUGGACCGUGCGGCACGCGAGACCAAGACGGAGGCGUCUCGGCUUACGGCGGAGAUCAAUUCGCUGCGCCAACGUCUUGAUCGUGGCGAUGCGGAUCUGCUGCACUCGAAGCGAGAGGUCUUACGGCUUAACGAUGACAUUGCAAAUCUGGAGAAGGAGCUGGCCUACGGUGAGCUGAAGAACGAAAUACGACCCACCAAAAAAGAUUUGGAUAAACGCAUUUCAGAGAUGCAGGAUAAGCAUGCGGAAACGGUAAAUGAGCUCGAAGAAAUGAUAAACUCUCAGAAGCAACUCAUGGAUAAACUGACGAACGAGUGUAAAACGUUAACCGGCAAAUUAGAGGAUACAACAUAUAAGCACAACCAAGAAAAGCUACAACUACGCGCUACCAAUGAGCAGCUAAUGGCGCGUCUCAGGCAAAUUUGGUCGAAAUAUAAGUCACAAUUAGUUCACAAUAGCAUUAACGAGCUUAGUUCCGAUGAGCCAAUACCCAACGAUGAACGCAUUUGUUCACCAAAAAUGCACCCAAUAGAGACCAUACAGCCGCAUACGACUACGAGCCGUCCACAUAUGGCACAACAAUUGAACCCAUACAAAGCACCCCACAACUACACAACAACAACGCUGACGACGACUACAUCAAACCCAGUGCCAGUGCCUACGGCUACGAUGCAACAGCAGCGACAGCAUCAGCAACAGCAGCAGCAGCAGCAGCAGCAACUGUUGCCAACAGCAACACAGUUGCUGGCACAGCUGCAACAGCGCGCAGAAGCAGCAACAGCAAUGGCAGCUCCAGCCUUCUGCCCGACAGCAGCCGCAGUUAUGGACUCAACGAUAACGAUGACGAAAAUCUCAAGGACAACAUUGGCAUGGGCGAAAAGCAGCAGCAACAGCAGCAGCAGCAACAACAGCAACAGCAACAACAAGAAGUCGAGCAACAACGCGAGCGACAGCGCGAACGCGAGGAGCGAGAUCGGGAGCUGCAACAGCUGCGCGAGCAACGUGAAAAACGGGAACGGGAACGCGAGCAAACGGAGCAGCAGCAGGCGCAGCUCAAUCGACGGUACAGCAAUGCCGAGCCAGAGCAACUGCAACAGCAACCACUUGAAGAUGCCAGCGUCUCCAAUGUCGGCAGCGCCAAUCUUGCCGCCUACAACACAGAUUACAGUGCCUACGAUCAACAGCAAUAUGAUGUCAGUGGCUAUGAUGCCAGCGCCUAUGCCCAGCAACCAUACGAUGCUCAGCAGUAUGGCUACGAUGGCAAUGCCGGCUACGACUACAGCGCCGGCGACUAUGCGCAGUCCGGAUAUCAGUAUGAUGCCUCGCCAGAUGCAGCCAACACAAACAACCAGCCACAGUAUCAGUCAACUGCCGGAGCCGCAGCGGAGUACGCGCGAUCGCCACCGCCGACAACGACGACGGCGCCAACGACAAGUGCCACAUCAUCAGCAGCCCCUGUUGGAGUUGCCGGCGUCGGUUCUGUGCCCUUACCAACAGCGAGCCGUACACAAUCGCGCCCGAGCAGCGGCUCUGUGGGGCCAGCAGCUACAGCUGGAGCCAUCGGCGGCGGCAGAUCCGCUGUGCCACAACAGUCUGCCACGCCAGCCACCGGCAAGAAGUAGCUGGAGUCCCGAGUCGAACGAUCGCACGCCAAUCGAUCCGCUGCAGCUGGAGUUCGGCAUUAGCAGUCCCAGUCUGAUGCGCUCCAGCGAUGCCUCCAAUCUCGAAGACGGCGACUCUUGCGCCGAUUUGAGUGAAACCUUCGUCCUGCAAGCAGCGGACUCCGAUGCCAGCCUAUCGCCAGCACACACCACCAUUGUCACAGUGCGCCGAGCAAGUGCACCGGCGGCGGUGCAACAGGCACAGAAUCUCAACGAGACUAUAAUCAUUGAGGGGCAGCCGGAGCGGAAUAUAUGUACAUAGGUGAAAUUGCUGACCGAAACGUCGAUGAUUGAGCGUGACCAUCGUGCAUUCUAGUUUUAAGCACACGUUUUCCAGUUGCUAGUCCAACCUUUUCCAUUAUAUUAUUCUACUCAUAUGUUUCGGAUUGGCUUUUACAAAUAUAACCAACAUAUGCUAUUAACAUUUUGUAAUUACAACCAUUUUAAAUGCAAUACAAAUUA